AUGCUUAAACUUUGCCAGAAGAUUUCUCGUCAUUUCAAGACAUCAUCUCGGCUACUGAACAACAUCGAAGUCUUUGUCGACGGAACACCAGUGUCAGUAGCUCCCGACUACUCCAUCCUCCAAGCUUGCCAAAAAGCUGGUGUCGUGGUUCCCCACUUCUGCUUUCAUGAACGACUGGCAGUCUCCGGGAACUGCAGAAUGUGCAUUGUAGAAAUCGAAAAAAUGCCCAAAGUGAUGACAGCCUGCUCUAUGCCAGUUUCUCCAGGCAUGAGAAUUAACACCAAGUCAGAAAAGACGUAUAAUGCCAGAGGAGGUGUUAUGGAAUUUUUGCUUGCAAACCAUCCGCUAGACUGUCCUAUUUGCGACCAAGGAGGCGAAUGCGACCUACAAGACCAAUCAGCGCUUUAUGGCUACAAAAUUGGAAGGUUCAUGGAAUACAAGAGAGCUGUGGAGGAUAAAAAUUACGGCCCACUUGUUGCUACAGUAAUGACAAGAUGCAUCCACUGCACCCGCUGCAUAAGGUUUUAUGAAGAAGUCGCAGGAAUUCCAAUUCUUGGAACAACUGGAAGAGGCAGAGAAACUGAGGUCGGGACCUAUGUGGAAAAAAUGGUGCACAGUGAGCUUUCAGGAAACUUGGUAGAUUUGUGCCCAGUUGGAGCUUUGACGAAUGCUCCUUAUGCUUUUACUGCCAGGCCUUGGGAACUGAGAAAUGUUAUGUCAAUUGACCCUACAGACUCAAUUACUCCGUCAAUUGAAAUCAGCUGCAAAGGUGGAGAAGUCAAAAGGGUGCUUCCAAGGCUCCAUGAAGAAGUCAAUGAGGAGUGGAUUCAUGAUAGGUCACGCCAUGCUUUUGAUGGCUUGAAAAGACAAAGACUAAAUGCUUGCUUAAAGAAAAAGGCUGAUGGCAGCUAUGAAGAACUUACUUGGAAAGAUGCCCUAGAAGUUCUAGCUGAAGAGGUUUCAAAGACAUCAGGAAAUGAUAUGGUAGGAAUCAUUGGUGAAUUUAUGGACGUUGAAGCAGUUGUUGCAUUUAGAGAUUUGAUGUAUAAGCUUGGAUGUGAAAAUAUUGACGCUAAAAAGAAUGGAGUCAAACUCAGCCCUGAUUUCAGAAACAACUAUUUGAUGAACUCCAGAAUUUCUGGAAUUGAAGAAGCUGACUUGCUACUUGUAAUUGGAGCCAAUUUAAGGCUUGAUUCUCCUGUUAUAAAUGCAAGAGUUAGAAAAGCAACUGUCUUGAAUGGCUUAAAUGUAGGACUUAUUGGAACUGAUGACUAUUUAACUUAUGACCACACCCACUUGGGAACCUCCACGUCAGCGUUAACUGAUUUAUUAAAAGGAACCCACCCAUUUGCAAAAACAUUAGAAAAAGCAAAAUUCCCAAUGAUUUUGGUAGGAGCAAAUGUGCUGAAAAGAGAAGAUGGGGAAGCUGUGAACUCCGUAAUCCAAGAAAUUGCAAAGAAAUACAAUGUAAUUAAACCAGAGUCGAACUGGAACGGAUAUAAUGUGCUACAUAAUGAAGUAGGCACUGUUGCUGCAUUGGAGGUUGGAAUCACCAGCGAAUAUGACCCUAAAGCUAAGCCAAAGUUUAUGUAUUUAUUAGGAGCUGAUAAUUUCAAACCUGAUGAAAUCCCAGAUGAUGCUUUUGUGGUAUAUCAAGGAACUCAUGGAGAUGAAGGAGCGUCUAGAGCCAAUUUAAUUCUCCCUGGAGCUUCCUAUGUAGAAAAGUCAGGGUCUUAUGUGAAUACUGAUGGAAGAGUAAGUCUAGGAUUAGCUAUUAGUUAAGAUUAUGAAAAGCUCUCUGUGAUAUCACGAAUGGGUAUUUAUCUCCAACUUGCUUCGCGAUUGCCUGCAGUCUGCAUAUAGAUUUUUGUCAUGGAUAGCGCCAUUAGCCUAUGAAUUAGUCGCUGAAUCCAUAUUUUGGUUCGGUCAAUCGGUCAAAGUUAUUUUUGGUUGGAUCUGCUUAAAUUUUGGCCAAAAAAUAUUUGGCCGAACCGAAAUAUGGAAUCAGUGAUCAAUUCAUAGGCUAAUGGCACUAUCCAUUGCAAAAAUCUAUCGGCUAUGCUCAUCCAGAAAUGGUCUCGCACACUAAUUGGAGUGUAGAGGGAUAGAUCGCUGUGCUGUAUGUCUUAUUUGAGUUGCCCUUCCAGAAAUAAAAAAAAAACGAAUUUUAUGGCCAAGGUGUCAGCCAAGAUUCUUGCCCAGGGAGCAACUCCCAGUAUCACGUAGGAAAUGACUCGAUAGUCUCAAGCACUCUGCUCUGGGCUUUCCCUUUCCAAAACCAAACCUCCAUCUUCCUCAGAGGAAAAACCUCGUCUUGGAAUGAGCUGCGACUUUAUCCGACAUCACACUUUACCAAACCAAGGAAAAACUGGCCAGAAGCACAUUACCGAACGCCAUCCUCCCUUCCACAAGGUCCUUGGUUUUCCCUAACUAUAGUGUUAAGAGAGUGGGUUAUUUCUCACGCCAUUUUAAUAUAUAGAGCCAGUCUAGGCAAAAAAGCAAUACCUGCUCCAGGACAAGCUAAAGCUGAUUGGGAAAUCCUCAGAGCACUCAGUGAGGUGCUAGGCCAAACACUGCCUUAUGACAAUUUGCAAGAAAUAAGGUACAGAAUCGCUGAGCUUGCUCCACAUUUGAUUAAGUAUGACUAUGUUGAGCCUUACAGUUUAAGCUGGCAUACAGUCCCUGUGAAAGGUGAAGUAAACAAGACAGUCAUAAGCGAUUUUAUUGAUAACUUUUAUAUGACAGACGCCAUUUCUCGUGCUUCUCCAACAAUGGCGAAAUGCUCUGAAGCUUUUAACCCAGCUAGGAAUACCAACUUUGUCCCUGAAGUCCCUAUUAGAUAA